GUAGUCAAAAAUUGAAGAGCAGUUCUAAUUGAACACUGGUCUCGGUCACAUAAACACGGAAUAAAUUCAAGAAAAGGAAAAAAAAAAACCUAAAGCUACUUAGGAAAUUCAAUUCAAUUAUUUAAUUAAACAUUCGGAACUUGAAAAUUGGCUUAAACUUUGUGUGUGCGUUCUCUUUGGAUUUUGUGUUUUGUUGGGUGCUCAAAAAUGUUUGUGAAAAAUUUAGCGCCACUUAUGUGGCUAAGUUUUGUUGUGACGGGCCACAAUUUAAACUCCUUGCCCACAGCCCAAGCUGAAGUGGAAUAUACGCGUGAUUUUUACAGUGUACCUACUACGGUGAAAACCUAUGAAAAUGAUACCGUCUUACUGCCAUGUGGCUAUAAAUCUUCCUAUCGUUCGGUACGCUGGUUAAAGGAUGAAGACCUACUGAUGGAAGCUCCCUACAUGGAGGAGUUGCUAUUGAAUCGUUAUCAUUUGCUGAGCAAUGGCAGUUUGAUGGUCAUGGAUGUACAAACCGAGGAUACGGGACGUUAUUAUUGCGAAAUGUUAUCUACUGCUGAGGAGAAGGCGGUGCAGGCCCAUGCCAUAGAGGUACAGUAUGCACCAAAAGUUUUUGCCACGCCCAGCGGUUUGAUUGAGUUACCUGUGGGUGCUGUUUUGGAAAUAAUUUGCGAAACUGAAGGUGUGCCCCAGCCUGCGGUAACCUGGACCUAUAACAAUGAGACCAUAAUCGAUUAUUUGGUGGGCAAUCGUCAAACGCAUAUUGUGGAAAUAAAAUCUCGCAACAUGUCCGGCAACAUAGAAUGUGUGGCACGCAAUGGUGUUGGUCAACCCAUAUCGGAUGGUGUGGAAUUGCUGGUUUUGUUUGCACCGGAAAUUCGUACACCACAAAAGAUUUACUACUCCAAAGUUGGGGGUCGUAUUUUAAUGGAUUGCUUUGUAGAAUCAUCACCAUUGGCCAAGGUGCGUUGGUUUCAUGCGGGCAAACUCAUCACCAUGGGACCCUAUUACACCCGUCAAGAUGCUGAAGUGGCCACCAUAAAUGGCUCAAGUCCAACUCGCUACUUUGCCAGUAUGCGCCACACAUUGGUGCUGAAGAAUGUGCGCGAAAGUGAUAUGGGCAUGUAUGAGUGUCGCGCCGAGAACACCAUCGGUGUUCACAGUAGUUAUAUGGAGCUAACAUUCCGUCCCAUGCCCUGCACCUUUAAAAUAAGUCCCGACAUGCAGAGUCCCACAUCGCAUACGUUGGUGUGGCAGACCGAAAGUUUCUCGCCAAUCGUUGAAUUUAAACUGAAAUUCCGUCAAGUACCAUCUGAAAAUGCAAUGUCUUUUACAACAUUAGCAAAUAGGCCUGAAUGGACAGAGCUGACCAUACCAUCGGAUAUAUCUAUAGGGCCCAUUUACACAACAACUUAUACCUUAUAUGGUCUGUAUCCCGCCAGUAUUUAUCAAGUGGUGGUGUUGGCUCGCAAUCAUUUUGGCUGGAGUGAUAGCAGCAAAAUAUUACGUUUUGCUACCGGUGGUGAAGUUGAAUUUCCCAAUUACUCAACUGAGUCGGAUAGAUAUGGGGCCAAUGAUGAUUUAGCCAAUGGUGGGGACGAUAUCAACGGUGGAGAGAUAACACACAACGAUAUUACCGAGAAUUCAAUUGUAGCCGAAAAAGAUAAGACACUGUAUUCAAGCAUGUAUGCUUUCUCGUCAUCAUCAUCGUCAGCCUCGGUUUCAGCGGCGUCAUUAGCUAGGUCAAACUACGAUCUCAUCUUAAAUUGGUGUACAAUAAAUGCCUUUGUAAUCAUAAUUGUACAAAAAUUCCGUAUCAAAUAACAACAAUGCCAACAACAACAACAACCACACCAAACAGAAACUACAAUUUAGUUAUUAUAAGGUUGAAUAGAAAUAAACAACGUUUAAGUUUAA